AUGGCCGGCGCACCCUCAGGAAAACCCGUCUGGAAAGGGAACCACCCGGUCGGCCAGAUCAACGCCGCCCCCCGGUUAUACAGAGUCGCAGCAACAGGAUUGGGAGCCGCCAUGUGGUUUUUCCUCUUUUACCGGAUGAAGCAGGACGGCCCCGCGCUCUUGGGCUGGAAGCAUCCUUGGGACCAUUGA